CUGAACUCAACAUGAAGUUGUUGCCCUCUCCUUCUUGCUCUUCCUCUUCUUCCUUCUCCACUUCCACUUUCGAUGCUCAUGUCUGCAACCCCAGAGCUACACCCAGCUGUCUUUCGGGAAUUCUCCGCCGGAUUCUAUGCUCCGGUAGCCUCCCAACGCACCCGACCGAUCAUAUCACAGAAGAAACUAGUUCAGUGAAGUCUGAUGAUAAGCUUCUUCAAGUCAAGGAUUUGAAUGUCAUCAAAUCAACAAAUGAGACGAAGCCAACUGCUGGAAUUGUGGCCAGACUUAUGGGCUUGGAUUCAAUGCCAGAGAUGAAGCAGAAUCAUAAUUCGCUAUCGAGAAGCCAAUCCAUGAACUCUGUGGAGCAUUUCUACAAACACCUGGAAGACAAACAUCAACGGGUUAGAUCAACACUGUCAUUUCGAGAGGUACCAACCUUUCUUGAGCUUGAAAAUGAAGAAUACUUCAUCCUAAGUUUUGAAGGAGAAAGCAAAAGUAAAGAAUUCAAAGCAAAAGUGAGGAACAGUACAGAAUUUAACCAAAGAAAGGAAGACGAAGACAAAUAUAAAAACAGGGGAAGCAACAAAACAGAGCAGUCAUCUGUGAGAAAGACAAAGAAGAAGAGAUUUGAUCCAGAAGAAUCCAAACAGUUCGUCCAAAUUGAUUUGAAAGAAAAGAAGAAAUCAAGAAAGAGAUUUUCAAAAAAUAAACCCACCUCCAGAAUUUCCACGAAGGACCGCCAUGGAAGAAAAUCAACUCGACAAGUAGAAUCAGACUGCAGCUCCGAUGAAUUAAGCCCAGUUUCAGUUCUCGACAGCAAUCAAUUCCUACGAGAUCCCGAAGAAGCAAUCUCAUUAUCAGGAGAUGCUGCUUCAAAUUCCCCCAUAAACACUAGAAGGAAAUUAUCAUCGGAGCUCGAAAUUCCAAAGACCCCAUCUCGAAACGACGAUGAUUUGAUAAUCAACGGAGGCAAAAUCGCGAAGAAGAAAGUGGUUGAUGGGAUCCAGCGGGAAAGAUAUGAAAAAGAGAUUUGUAAGAUAACGGAGAUGGAAUUGGAGGAAUCAAAUUGGAAAUACAGCAAAAUUUGUGAAGAACAUGAAGAAUUUGGAGGUGGAGGUAUAAUUGAAGGUUUUGAUUCGUAUAUUCUUGAAGGAUUGAUAGAGGAAUUUGUAGAACAAAUGUAUGAUUUGAUCUUUAUCUGAAGAUCAAUUACUAACAUGUAAAUUUCGAAUUAUAGUUACUAAAUUCACCAGAAAUUCAACCAAAAUUAAUGAAGGAAAAUACAAAACAAAACAAAACAAA